AAGCACUCAAGUCUCAAAUAGGGCAGAAAAUCAGAAACCAAAAGGCACAAUUAAAGCUUCUUAUUCAGUUCGAAGGGGCUAUCCAUCGCACUAAGUAUCCAGAGACCAGAAAUCGAAGAGGCUCCUUCUUCGAUCCAUCGCGCUAUCCAAAUAUCCAGAGACCAGAAAUCGAAGGCAGCGAUUGAAGCUCCUUCUUCAGUUCUUCUCCGACCCCUAAUAUAUCUUCUGGUGUUUUUUUCUAUCAAUUUCUACAAAGGACCAGCAAAAACACAUGGAAAAUUUCACGCUGGAAGAAAGAACAGUAUCACCCCAGGUGGAUUGUGAUGUUGCAGCUACCCCAAUUGUCUCCUCAAAUCUACCAACUGGUCCUGAUAUUGUGCAUGUACAACCUCCAGGUGUGAAUCGUGUUUUUAGGUCAGAUGUUUGGGAUCAUUUUUUCCCAUAUUGGAUUAGAAACAAAAAGUAUGAGAAAGACAUGGAAACUCAAAAGCUUGUGGAGGUCAUUACAUGGAAAAUGAGAGCUAAAUGUAAGUAUUGUCCAAAGCAUCUUGGGGAUUAUGCUUGUGAUAGUGGGCCUAAUGGAACUGGAGGGCCAAGAAAACAUAUUUACAAAAACCAAUGCAAGUAUUAUGCCGGGAAUCUGAAUUUGAAAAAACAGAAGGUGCUAGCUCCUGGUGAUUUCAAUCAAUUGACAACAAGAGCUUUUAAUCAAAAAGAAACUUUAGAGGCUUGUGUUGAAAUGAUAUUUGAGGUGUUCAAAAAAGCUAUUGGGAGGGAGAAACUUCCGUUCAAAGGGAUGGUGUGUUUAGACAUGCCAACAAGAUGGAACUCAACCUUUGCAAAGUUGGAAUCCGCACUGCGAUUAAAACGAGCUUUCAAGCGGAUGGAACAGGAUACAACGAGUUCAUAUCUAGCAUAUUUCAAUGAAUCUGAAGAGGAAUUUGAUGAAGAUGGAAAUGUGAUUGUGGCAAAGAAAGGGAAUAAGAAAGUUGGGCCGCCUCUAGACAAAGAUUGGGAUAACUGCGAGGUCUUUGUGAAUUUUCUUAGAGUCUUUUAUGAGGUGACUCUUAGAGUUAGUGCUUCUCUAAAGCCAGUGGUUCACACUACACUGCAUGACAUAAUUGCAAUUGAGCAAGUUAUGGCUAAUAUGUUAAAUGUACCUAUUGAAAGUGCAAGUGAUACUGAUUUAUUGAUGGUAGAAGUGGGCUUAGCAAUGAAGUCUAAGUACAACAAGUACUUUGGUGAGUUUAAAAAUCUAAACCCAUUAAUCAUUUUAGGGCUUGUCUUGGAUCCAAGGUUCAAGCUAAAACAUAUAACUCAUAUCUUGACUGUUGUGAUGGGCUGGAAAACAUAUGAAGUGGAAGCUAAGACUACUCAAAUCAAGACACUUCUCUUUUCCAUGUACGAAGCGUAUGAAGAAGAAGUUCAAGGCAAGAACCACUUGAAGAGAAAGAGAUUAGAUGAAAACACCAAUGAUCUUGUGAAAAGACAAAAGGCUUCAUAUAAAGUUGGGAGUAGCACAAGUAAGAAUAUUUUUGUAGUGGAUUGGACUAAAUAUGUUGAACAAACAGAUGAAUCUAUCAUAACUCAUGAGGUUGAUAGGUAUUUAAAUGAUCCAUUGGAAGGUAUUGGAAAGAACAAAAAUAAGGAAGAGAUUAAUGAUGAGGAUAGUGGACUCAAUGAUGAAGCAAAUUGGUUAAAGGGAGAUGAUAUAACAACUCAUUUUGACGUUGAACCGUGCAUUGAAGAGUUAGAGUUUUAUGAAGCAAUUGAAACAGAAUCAGCAAGUGGAAGGGAAACAUACAGAGUCUAGCUGCCUACCAUUUGCUACAGUGCCACUCAGAAAUAGAUGCACUUGAUCCGAUCUUUGUCUCCUAGGGUUGGCCUCCAAAAAGCAUCAGGGAAGACAGCAAAGGGGAUGAGCAGGGAUGAAACAUAUGGAAAAAAGAAAAUAAAAUGAAAUACACUAUCUACAGUACUGUGUAUUUAUGAAAGACGAGAAUAGAAAAAUAGAUUGCGAUCUAUUUUAAAGAAGAUCCGUUGGAGACCGGAUUUAUGCACAGUACCAGCUAUACCUUUCUUUUUAUAAACUUUACUCAAAUUU